CUUAUGUAUCAGGAAAUGGAAUCCUGAAAUAAUUGCGCGAAAAGCAACGAAAUGACAGCGCGAGUUAGAAUGGCUGAGAAUGGAGCACAGCUUGUAAGCAGACUUGAGGGGCGACAGUCAUUGAGGGACAUUGAACCCAAUAUAUUUCCUGUCGAUGGCGGUCCAGGUCAAGGGGAUGUCGUGGAGUUUCAUGGUAUGGAGGGCACAGGUAAGACAGAAACCUUGUACCACAUGAUCAUCUGCUGCAUCAUGCCAAUGCAGAAUGGAGGUCUGGAGGUCGGGGUGGUCUUCAUUGACACGGACUACCACUUUGACAUGCUGCGCUUAGUGAGCGCUCUGGAGGGACGUUUGGCUGAAGACUUAAAGGAGGGUGACUGCUCUGAAAAUGAACCUGAGGAGAGGGUACGUUCAUGUCUGCGUAGACUGUCUGUAGUGCACUGCAACAGCUCAGUACAGCUACUCCUAACUCUGCACUACCUUGAAAACACUUUCUCCAGCCAGCCCUCUCUCGGCUUGCUGGUCAUCGACAGCAUCUCUGCAUUCUACUGGGUGGACAGAUUCAACGGUGGCGAGAGCACUGUCUGUCAGGAGGCUAACCUAAGAAAGUGUGCCGAGUUGCUGGACAGACUCCGUAGAAACUAUGGCAUCGUGAUUUUCGCCACCACUCAUGCCAUCAUGAGGAACUAUGGAUCUGAUCCAGGGGUGUCAGAUGUGCCCGGUUCAUCAUCAUCAUUAUCGUCAUCUCGCAGGUGGAGGUCAGCUGAAAGCGCUACAGACUUUGACAAGCCCUACCUGUGCAGAGCAUGGCAGAGAAUAGUAACUCACAGGAUGCUGUUCACUAAAAGUCAUGUGUCAAAGGACCACAAACAGGUUUUCUCCACAGCAUGUACCAGCAUAAUGACCAAAGGUGUCAAAAGAUGCUCGUUUCAUGUCAUGGAAGACGGUAUUAAAUUUAUAUGUGACAAGUGAGCAUGUGCUGAAAGUCUCAGCACAGGACACUUGAACUUUUGGGUUGUCACAAUUAUGAGGGCUACUUGGCGAAAGAAAAUUGUCCUAAAAAUGUCCACUUAUUGUCUGUCAAUGUGUUUAAUGAUCAGUGCAAUACGUUUUUCAAUUUCCUUACUAUGUUAAUACAGAAAGCUACUUUGAUUUAUGGUUUAAUUGUUAGAUUAAUGGCUAAUGAAGACAUUACUGUACCUUUCUUAGAAAAAAAUAAAUGUACGUUUUUGUCAUUGACUACGGAAUUUUUAUUCUAUUUAUUACAUCAAUUUAAAUUUGCAAGUGUUUGCUAAGUAAAUCAUCACUAGUGUACUAAUCGUAAGUGUGUGCAUUAGAUGCAUUAGUGUGCUGAUACUUAGUGUUAUGGAUUUGAACAAACCCCUAAUUCUUAAAGUCAGCAUAAAACUGAAUUGCAAUAGUCUUUUUUCCCCUAUUGACAGCUUCUUGGACGAAACGGCUACUUGAACAAGAAAGAAUGUAGGGUGGGACUUCAUUUUGAUGAUCAGGAAUUGGGAUUGUGAUAGUGACCUUGUGUUUGCCAUGUAAAUAGCCCUGAUGCUAACAUGGUGUUAAAAACAAACAAUUAAUCAGGAAUUGAUUAAAUCGUUGUGGUUUGCUAUUGCUAUGAUCUCAUGUUAGUGACCGGUUGUUGGACGUUAUUGUCCUGCCCUCGUGCCAGUAAACACGUCAUCAGAGAAAAGAAGAGAUGAAGCUGCAAUUAAAGGGUUAGUUCACCCAAAAAUGAAAAUUCUG